CUCUGAUAGCGGAAGUUGUUCAGCUGUCAGUGUCCCUUUGAAUACAGCUGGGGAAGAUGGCGCUGCGGCCAGGACCUGGAGCCAGUGGUGGAGGUGGAGGUGUAGGGGGAAACGGCGGCAGUUUUAUGUUUCCUGUAACUGCUGGCAUUGGACAAUCACAAGGUAUGAUGCCCAUGUCGCAGCAACCACAUGGCUUUCCUAUGGUGUCUGUGAUGCAACCAGGCAUGCAAAAUAUGAUGGGAGUGGGUUUUGGUUCACAGAUUCCACAAGUAACAAUGCAGGGUGGAAUGCCAAUGGGACAAAUGCAGGCAACUGGAAUGCAAUUUAUGGGUCAGUCUUUUAUGGGAAUGCGUCCUCCUGCUCCUCAGUACACCCCUGACAUGCAGAAGCAGUUUGCUGAAGAACAUCAAAAAAGAUUUGAACACCAACAAAAAUUCUUAGAGGAAGAAAGAAAACGUAGACAGUUUGAAGAACAGAAACAGAAAUUAAGACUAUUAAGCAGUGUAAAACCCAAGACUUGUGAAAAGAGUAGAGAUGAUGCUUUGGAAGCUAUUAAAGGAAAUUUAGAUGGAUUUUCAAGAGAUGCCAAAAUGCACCCAACACCUACAUUACAUAGCAAGAAACCAGAUUUUGCCUCAUCAUCCCAUUCUACUGUAUCUGUACCUUCACACUCCUCAUUUCCUGGUGCUGACGAAGAAUUCAGUGAUUUUGUUCAAGGGCCUGUCAAAUUUCAAACUCCUGGGGCCGCGGCCUCAUCUGUUCCAAAUUGUCCAUCUAGCCCUGUUGGUAAAAUGGUUUCAGAGCAGGCUGUUACAGUUUCACAGCCUUCUCCGGUAAAGUGUCAUGGGUCCGCUUCAUUGCAUGGUACCAAUGAGAAACUUAUUGCCCUCUCCACCCCAUCAUCUAACUUUUCUGCCCAGAAAAGAGGUGGAUAUUUAAAUCAGCCGUCCCAUAAAGAACAGAAAGAAACAGUAGAAGAAAGUGUUGCUGUUGGGAUGUUCCCAACCACAGAGAGCAUACAACCAAUGCAACCGUCUUGGGUUUACAAUGAUAAUCUCAUCCCAGACCUUUACAAAACUAUCUUAGAAAUCACUAUGGCACCUACUGGAAUAGAUACAGGCAAACUGUAUCCUAUUUUGAUUUCAUCUGGCCUACCAAGAGAGACAUUGGGGCAAAUCUGGGCAUUAGCAAACCGAACAAUGCCAGGGAAACUUACAAAAGAAGAACUAUACUCUGUCCUUGCUAUGAUAGCGAUUACUCAGAGAGGUGGAAUGCCUGGGAGCACUGAUGUACUAAGCCAAUUUGCUUCGCCACCCAUACCAACUUUAAGUGGCUUUCAAAUGACUUUGCCGGCCCAGGGGAAUGCAUUGCAUAUGGCAACCCCAGUUUCUUCUGCAGCUACCGCUGUUAAUAUUGGUCCACCUGUAAUGUCAUCAUUGAGGAGUAACCAAAGUUCAGGAGGAACUGUAACACAGCACACAUUCAUGCCGUCAUUUCCUGCUCAGCAGAGCGUUAAAACUGAAGAUGAUGACUUUCAGGAUUUUCAAGAUGCCUCUAAAUCUGGACCCAUUGAUGUUUCCUUCUCAGAGUUCCAAAGUGAUACAUCUUUAAAACCGACCUCUUCUCAAGUUGGCAUAAGUGCGCAACCUCUUAUACCAGUGUCUGGAACAACAACGGAAAGUGCAUCUUCCACUGAUAAAUAUGCAGUGUUUAAAGCAAUUAACAUAGAUACAGCUGCAGAAAACACAACUAAGUUUGCUGAUUUUGGAGACAAGUAUCAUGCACUGAGAGGGUUGGAGAAGCCUCAAGAAAAUAAAUCAGUUGGGGAUGGCUUUGCAGAUGUCAAAUCCUCGGCAGACGAUGGAUUCACAGACUUUAAAACUGCAGACAGCAUAUCUCCACUAGAUCCUCCAGCAAGAGACACACAUUUUCCGUCACAAUUUCUCCCUCUUCAACAGAAACCACAAAACCAAUUCUCACUAACUGUUGCAGAUCUUGACCUUUUCUCCUCUGUGACAGCUUCUGCAACAGUCAACUCCUUUAACGUAACAAACACAUUUUCUUCAUCAAGUUCUGCAUCUUUCAUUGUACCACCUCUUUUAUCAUCAUCAUCCUCAUCCAGUCCAUCUAUACCUACAUCUUCCAUUGCUACUAAAAUAUCUACUAUGCCAGAUGAUUUUGGAGACUUUAGUCUUUUCGGAGAUGCUUCGAAUACUGGAUCAGCCAGUGGACUAAGUGACUUUGCUGAUUUCAUUGCUUUUAACAGUGAUACAGGUUCUUCAGAACAUAAUAUUGCAGCGAAAACUAAAGUACCUAAACAACAACCCAGCCCAUUACCAGGUCCACCAUCUUCAACUGUUCAUGUUGCACAGACUAUACCGCCUUCUUCAUCUACACACAACAAGUAUGAUAUCUUUAAACAGCUCUCUGUGGAAAACUCUGGCUUUGCCCAUGAUGAACCUAAGUAUCCUCCCCCUACUACGAAAAAUGAUGACGACUUUGCUGAUUUUCAAUCUGAUAAGUUCACAAUAGCGGAGACUGGAUCUGAGAAAUCCUUUGUAGAUAAAGUAGCAUCAUUCAAGCAGGCCAAAGAGGACUCCGCUUCUGUUAAGUCCCUUGAUCUUCCAUCCAUCGGGGGCAGCAGUGUUGGGAAAGAGGAUUCUGAAGAUGCUCUGUCCAUUCAGUUUGACAUGAAAUUAGCAGAUAUUGGAGGAGACCUGAAGCAUGUCAUGUCUGAUAGUUCUUUGGAUUUGCCAACAGUUAGUGGUCAGCAUCCGCCUGCAGCAGAUGAAUUUAAAGGCAGUGGCUCUGCACUGAACAUCUUGGCAAGCUAUGACUGGCUGGAGAAGGAAAAUACGGUGAACCAGAACAAAACACAACCUAGUUUCUUCGUUAGCUCAGAAAGUUCUUCUUCACGCUUGUCUACAACACUCUUUCAAAAGAAAGAAACCUCUUUUGGCAGUUCUGAAAAUAUUACUCUGACCACCGUAUCAAAAGUAACUACAUUUUCAAAUGAAGACUACUCACAGGAGAUUUUACCAAGUAGGACAUGCACCAAACCACUUUCUGAAGACCUUAAUGGUGACCUCUUUAGGUCAGACAUAGAAGAUAGCUCUUCUGUUGGUUUGGAACAGGAUGCUGAUGGCCAAGAAAAAAAUUCCAGUCCAGCUGCAAGCGGGAAAGGUACAGAUGAUUUUGGGGAAUUCCAAAGAGAAAAGCCCAAAAUUAGUAAAUUUGACUUUCUAAUGGCCACUACCCAGGGGAAAGUGAAGUCCAGUGAAGAAAUGAUUAAAAGUGAACUUGCAACUUUAGAUCUCUGUGUGCAAGGAUCUCACAAGCGAAGCUUGAGCCUUGGGGACAAAGAAAUCAAUCGAUCUUCACCUGCUCCAGAACAGCCUUUUAGGGAUCGUUCAAACACACUCAGCGAAAAAUCUGUUUUACCAGUGAUAAGGGACAAAUACAAAGAUCUGACAGGGGAGGUGGAGGAGAGUGAGCGGUAUGCAUAUGAAUGGAAGCGAUGUUUGGAAUGUGCCCAUCAGGUCAUAAAAAAGGCCAAUGACACUCUCAAUGGGAUCAGCAGUUCAUCCGUGUGCACAGAAGUGAUUCAGUCUGCUCAGGGCAUGGAAUAUCUUCUGGGUGUUGUUGAGGUUUACCGAGUUACGAAGCGAGUGGAAUUGGGCAUAAAAGCCACAGCAGUGUGCAGUGAGAAACUGCAGAUGUUACUAAAAGAUAUUGACAAGGUGUGGAACAACUUAAUAGGUUUCAUGUCGCUCGCAGCCCUUAUGCCUGAUGAAAGUGCACUGGAUUUUUCUUCUUGUAUGCUUCGACCGGGGAUAAAAAAUGCCCAAGAUUUAGCCUGUGGAGUGUGUUUACUCAAUGUCGAUUCUCGUAGUAAGAAAGAAGAGAGCCCUGACGUGGAACAUCCUAAAAAAGCCUUCAACUCAGAAACAGACAGUUUCAAGCUCUCUUACGGAGGACACCAAUAUCAUGCGAGCUGUGCAAAUUUCUGGAUCAACUGUGUAGAGCCCAAGCCACCCGGCCUUUUCCUUCCAGAUCUAUUAUAGUAACUUUGUCUAAUCACAAAUGACCGAGGAAAAGUCUUACUGCAAGCUUGUGGGACUGCCCUAAAAAUACCCUGACCACUGCCAAUUGCAGAUCUGUGUAAAACCUAUGCUGCUGAAUGUCUCUGGUAUUGUGAACAUUGCAUAAAGUGCAAUUCCUUUAUGAAAUUACAUUAAAUUAUUUAUAAAUAGUUGUGAAAUAUAAGUAUACUUUAGACCAUUUCCAUUGUAACCCUCCCAUAUUUUGAUUGUGGUUUCUUGGUCAGUAAGGCAAAAUAUUUAUAAUUUUCUAAGAGCGCUCCUGCCUUUACUAACUUUUUAACUCCUGGUACAAAGCUUAUGCGUGCUAGUUUCAUAAGGCUUGACAUAUAUUUUAAAAACAAUAUAGGUGAUAGUAAACUGUGCCUAGUCACACUAUUGAGUUGACUAGAAAAGAAAAUGCAUGGUUUAAAAAAACAAAACAAAAAAAAAUAAAUAUCAGCGUUGGAUUUCUGUUUGCUUUAAAUGUGUAGAUAAUGUUUUACUUUCAACCUGUGUGUCUCUCUAAUUCUCCUGCAAUUUUAUGAAAUUCUUUUAUGUGCUACAUUUUGAUUAUAGCUAUGGAACAUUGUGUUGGAGAGCUGUUACCAAUUCUAGUAUGUCUGAUAUUAAAAUAACUUUUUUAAGCAGUUAAUGAAUAAUUAACUGGUCAAUAAAUCAUAUAAAUAGUAAAAGAAAAAUUAAGAUUAUCUAAUUUUCUUUCUGG